AUGUCUUUGAAUGCCAAUGAACGUAUAAGCAAUAUAGAGAUUGAUGAUGUUUGUACAAUAACUAGGAUUGAACAGUCUGAAUGUAAUGAAGACUUAAAUAGAACAGUAAUUGGAAAUCAGGAGACUGAAAGUCAUUACAAAAGUCAUCAAGACUGCCAAGCUGCUAUACAAAAGAAUGAACUAAAUCCUUUUAGUUUAAAUGACAUAAGCUCAUGGCCAAUACCUUUAGAGGCUGCAUUAGUUACAGAACUGAUUUCAAGAGGCCCAAUUCAAAAUAAGGAAGGACCUUUUGCUACAAGGAUGAGAAGUGGUGCAAGGAUUAAGGGCCAGAAAAGGACAAUGUCUACUGCAUGGUUUUAUCGACAACUCAAUAAUGGAGAAAAAGUGCUUAGAACAUGGAUGGUAUACUCUAUGGUUAAUGAAUCUUUACAUUGUUUUUGCUGCAGGUUAUUUGCUUCUAACGAUUUGAAAUAUGUACAAAACGCUUUUGUAAGAAAUGGCUUUCAACAAUGGUGGAAACUCUAUCCAAAGGUAAAGCAGCACGAAAAUAAUUCUAUCCAUGUUGCAUCUUUUGAGAAAUGGAAAGAAAUGGAAAUGAGGAUUCGGAACAGACAAACUAUUGAUAGAUCACUUCAAGAUCAAAUUAAGAAAGAAAUGAAAAAUUGGAUUAAAGUUCUUGAACGAAUCUUAGAUGCAAUCAUGUUUCUAGCUAAGCAGAAUUUACCUUUCCGUGGUCAUCGAGAAAGCAUCGAUAACAUUAAUUAUAAUAGUGGUAAUUUUCUGGAACUAAUAAAACUUAUAGGAAAGUAUGAUCCUGUCAUGAAAGAACAUCUAGUAAGUAUUCAUUCAGCUCACCAGACACAUUUGCCAAUUUCCUAUUUGUCACCACAAAUUCAGAAUGAAUUUAUUACUCUCCUUGCACGUUGUGUAAAAGACAAAAUUUUAAGCGAAAUACGUAAAGCGAAAUACUACGCCAUUCUUUUUGAUAGCACACCAGAUGUUGCACAUAUUGAUCAGAUGACAGAAAUAAUUCGAUAUGUAAAGAUUGAUGGUGACAAAGUAGAAGUUCAGGAGAGAUUUUUGGGAUUUCUUCCCAUGAAAGAAAAAUCUGCUGAAAAAAUUGCAGAAAUGAUUGUGACAUCACUGGAUGAGGAUAAGCUGCUUAUCGAAAAUUGUCGCGGCCAAGGUUAUGAUAAUGCUGCUACAAUGUCAGUGCCUGUAACUGUUAAGAGAGUGAUUGAGACACGUUGGAGUGCAAAGCAUGACGCAGUCAAGAUCAUCAAGUCUCAUUAUGCUAAUGUUUUAGAUGCUUUGGAAGUUCUUAUGGGCCAGUCAGAAAAUGCUGAUACACUCAGUGAUGCAGGUGUUGUAUAUGCCAGUACGACUACUUUCCCAUUUUUGUGUUAUCUUCAUUUGUGGAGUAAGAUACUGCCUGAAAUAGACAAAACUCAGAAAUACCUCCAAACGAAUGGAUUGGGUCUUGAUCAGUCAGUGAUUGCUAUUAAUGCUUUAGCAUCUUUUUUCAGUAAAAAUAGAGAUAGUCUUGUUGACAAGGUACUGACUGAUGUUCAGGUAUUAUGUGAACAAAUGGAAAUCCCUAUUACAAAGCACAUACGACGAAAGAAAAAAAUGAUAGGAGAGAAAGAAGACGAUGCUGGCUUGUUACCACAACAAGAGAUACGCCGAGAUAUGUUAGAAUCUAUUGAUCGUUUGAAUCAGGAAAUUACACAGCGUUUCGAGCAACUCAAUUUGUUAAACGAACGCUUUGGAUUUUUAAACUUGAAAAUAUUGCUCGAUGAAGGUAACGAUGAAUACAUAAAACAAAAAAUUAAUGAUCUACGUACCAUCUACAACGACAUUGAUUCUGAUGAUCUCAAAUCUGAAGUAGAAAGACUGCGACGGCUUGUGAGUAGUUGUCGUUCUACUGCCCAAGACACAGACAUACCAAUAGAGUAUGAGUGGUCAGCAGAAACCUUCCUUGCAUGGAUAGUUCGAUGGGGUUUUACAGAAAUGCUACCAAAUUUGACUGUGGUCUUACGAAUUUUUUUGACUAUAAGCGCGUACAAGCUACAUUUAGUUUAA